UCCCUCCGCAGAGACGUUCCAGGAAGGAGCCAUGGCUAAAGUCAUAGGGGUCCGUCACGCGGCACCCAGGCGGUGGGCCUGCUCCUUGGCUGCCCUGUCCCUGCUGUGCCUGGCUGUCCAAGCAGUCCAGAAAGCAGACCUCAGUGCGGAUUCCACGGUGGCUACCAUCAACCACUCUUUGUCACUGCUACAGCGACUACAAGAGCUCCUGCACAACGGGAAUGGCAGUGACACCACCCUGCGGGUGCACACAACUGGCUCUGAUGAAAUCAAGGUUUUUUACACCCACCAGUUGAUGCUCAGUUUGCAGAGUGAGAUCUUUGAGAGCCUUCUGCACAACCAAACAAUCCUCACACUGCAUGAACCACCUGACAGUGCUGCCCUCUUUGAAAAGUUCAUCAGAUAUCUGUACUGUGGUGAGAUCUCCAUCCUCCUCCACCAAGCCAUCCCUCUUCACCGACUAGCCAGCAAAUAUCGUGUCUCCAGCUUGCAGCGAGGGGUGGCUGAGUAUAUGAAGGGCCACCUGGCCAGUGAGUCGAACCAGGGCCAUGUGGUGGGCUGGUACCACUAUGCAGUCAGGAUUGGGGAUGAGGCUCUGCAGGAGAGCUGCCUCCAGUUCCUGGCCUGGAACCUCUCUGCUGUGAUGAGCAGCGCUGAGUGGGCCUUGGUGAGCAUAGACCUGCUGCUGUUGUUGCUUGACCGCUCCGACCUGGUCCUGCAAAGCGAACUGGAGCUGUACACGGCUGUCGAGGAGUGGGUUGCCACCCACCAGCCCGAGGACCCUGUUGUGGCCAAGAUGCUGAGGUCUGUGCGCUACCCUAUGAUCUCCCCCAGCCACCUCUUCCAUCUGCAGAAGCAGUCUCCAGUGAUGGUGAAGCAUUACAGAGCUGUGCAGGACCUGCUCUUCCAAGCCUUCCAGUUCCAUUCUGCUUCCCCAAUCCACUUUGCCAAAUACUUUGACGUCAACUGCAGCAUGUUCCUGCCUCGCAAUUACCUCUCGACCUCUUGGGGCUCCCAGUGGGUCAUUAACAACCCAGCCCGAGAUGACCGUAGCACUAGUUUCCAGACCCAGCUGGGGCCUAGCAACCAUGACUCUGCCAAGCGGGUGACCUGGAACGUCCUCUUCUCCCCACGCUGGCUCCCAGUCAGCCUGCGCCCUGUCUACUCUGACUCUGUCUCUGGGGCCAUACAGUCCAUCAGGAUUGAAGAUGGGCGCCCACGUCUGGUUAUCACACCAGCCACAACUAGCUCUGACUUUGCUGGGGUCAGUUUCCAGAAGACCAUUCUGGUUGGAGUAAGGCAGCAGGGCAAAGUCUUUGUCAAGCAUGCCUACAGCUUCCACCAGAGCACAGAUGAAGUGGCCGACUUCCUGGUGCAUGCCGACUUGCAGAAGCGCACCUCUGAAUACCUCAUCGACAACUCUCUGCACCUUCAUAUCAUCAUCAAGCCAGUCUACCACUCGCUGAUCAAGAUCAAGAAGUAGAUGCAAGUAGGGGGCGGGUAGGAGCUGCUAGUUUGUACUGCAGAAUGGCAUCCCAUCCACCAUCCUGUACAAGCUGGCUGACACAGGCACUGCAUCUUGCAAUCUGUGUGCCAGAGAGGCCCACAGUGCUCCUCGCACACAAACAUCUUUUGCACCUGCAAAACUGGGGACUUCUUUUUUAGAUAGCUGGGCAGUUAAAACAGUUAAAGUCAUGGGAGGGUGGGAAUCCCCUUAUCUCUAUUUCUACUGCUUACGUUUAGCUCUUUUCCCUCUUCUUUUAAGGAUCUCAGGUAGAACUGGAGAAUCUCAGUGGUGCUUUGGAUUAGGUGGUUCUCAAAGACAUACCUUUAGCAAGAGCUUUGUCUUCCUUAUCUUCUUAGAACCUGGCUUAUGCACUCUAUGUCUUCACCAUGAGGUGGUAUUUCAUAGAAUUGUCGGAAGGUGACAGACCUAGGCAAAGAACCAAACAUCCUGGUAGAGUAAGCCCCUUUGUAGUAAUAUUUAAUGUUUUCCUUGUCAUCCUCAUUUGCUUAUAAAUGCAAGUCUACAGCCUCCCCCAAGGUCCCCUAAUAGGUUUGACACCACCUGGAAAGAGCUUCAAGAAUUUGUCAUGUGUGAAGCAAUAUACCAACAGAACCAUCUCUUUAUCAUUGGAAGAUGGUCCUCCUCUAAGAAUUUCAGCUAGAGACAGACAAUAGUUUUUAAGCGUUGAAAGUGGCAUUGUUGCCUUUGUUGUAUACAGAUGUAUUUUUUUCUGCCCCAUCGUCAUGUCUAGUCGUGCAGGUUUCUUGAAACAGUACCAAAAUCUACACAGCUUCUUUACUAAAUGUGAAAAUAGGGUGAGUGGACACACCAUAGAUAAUGAUAUCUUUAUCAUUCCACCUUCGGCAGUCUGAAAAAAUUAUUAACCAGUUCCAAACCUUAACUUUCACCAAUGGGUUGACUCCAUAUUUUUCACAUGCAAGUUGUUCUUCCUAGUAUAGGCACACAUUCUUAAUAUUGAGGGAGAAAUGAUUGGGGGAACUAUUUGUGGCUAUAGUUCUGAUUAUGUGGGCAUGGAUGCCAUGGAGUCAUAAUAAUUACUAGCUUGGUCAAGGAAGACUGGAUUUACUCCAGAAUGGCCUAAUGAAUGCUGUGAUUCUAUAUAUAUCAUGAUACCUUAUGGCCACAAACUCUAUAAGGGAGAUGCAUAGCAAUGGCUGAAACCUCAUCUGAAACUGGGGGAGGGGAUGGGGCAGAUCAGAAGGAAUUGCAGACUGUGGGGUAGGUAGAGGUAUGGCGCUUUAUAUAUGAACAGGAAGUGUGACAACAAGGUGACCAUAUGAUAUUGCUUUGAGACAGGAGUGUUUCCCAAUCUUGCUUGCAGCAUCCUUUCUGCUCAUGGAGUUCUUCAUGAGUUUUCCUGCUCACAUGAGUUCUCAUUGUCUUCUACCAAGCUUCCCUUCCAUGGCCUAGUCCCACCACACAGCUCCUAUCACAGCCUGACAAGUAGCUCCUUCCAUCCCAUUGUUAUUCUUUCCCCCAAACUAUCCCUUUUCCUAAUAUCCCAUUGCUCCUCUGUCUUCAGGCUAUCCAAGUUGCUUCCAUUCCCCACUUUCCAGGUAGUGGCUGUUGCGUUUGCUCCAAUGGUGGAUCCCUCCGCAAUGUUGAAUUUGCAAGCAUUCCAGACCUUUCUGUUCCCUCCACACCUCUUCAGCCUAUGGUUGCUGCUGGCAUUCUAAAACUACUUCUGUUGCACAAAGAAGUAUAAGAGGAGAAGGGUAGGAAUAAGGUCAUCUUUGCGUUGGUUAUGAAUUGUAACUAAAAUACCAUGAAUUCUUUGGAAAAGAGGAGAAAGAACAACAGUGUAUUGGGGGGGGGGGGUGUAUGUGUGUGUGUUUGCGUCCAUAGCUCAGUAGCAGAGCACAUGCUUGGCUAGAGAAAAGUGACCAGGAAGACAAAAGAAAUCUGAUAGGUGUCCGUCAAAAUAGGAACCCUGUUCAUACAACGUUACGUUGUACCUGUGUGCAGAUGUCUAUAUGCAUUGAGCUGGUUCAGAAGAGCAUCUGCUGGCUGAUGUGUGGAGGGUGGGGAUGCGGUGAGAACGCACCCAGACCCGCCCUGACAUCACUAAAGGAUGUCCCAGUGUGCUGCCGGGAUGUCCUUUAAUGGUGUGAGGGGCCAUAAAUCUAAAAUCAGGUAGAUUUAGGGGCAUCUAAAUUGCCCCUCUAUAUGCACUCCAGAAACACUGAUUAUAUGUAUCUAAAUCUAAAUCACUUGUCUUUUGUGACUAAAGGAUGUCCCAGCACUGCGUUGGGACAUCCUUUCGUGACAUCAGGGUGGGCGUGCUCAUGCUUUGUCCCCACCCUCAGUGCAUGAGCUGGGCUGUGUUCAUCUGAACUGGCCCAUGUACAUCUUUUUCUGUGAAUGACUGUACACGUGCUCACUUAAAGAAUGAACCUGGGUACACCCCCACCCCACCCCAUCAAAUGUAGGGUACAGAUAGAAAGUGCACUACUGUACAUGUGUUGAACAUAACUGUAUGUGUGUACAGAUCUAUGCAUGUGCACACUGGCUGACAUUCCCUGCUGCAGCUGUAUGGCGAUGGAGGGAAGUAUGGGGAUGCUGCUGCGAAUUCCUAAAGCAGUGAAGAUGUUGCUGCCAACAUGUGGGCCUAAAGCAGCAUCCCUGGAGUUGUCCUCAUUCAAUAGUACAAUGGUGAAAGACUGAAGGGGUGUUGCUUUCAGGCUCACAUAUCAGCAGCAGCAUCCUUGCUGCUUUAAGCAUCCGCAGCAGCAUCCCUGCACCUCCCUCCAUCACCAUACAGCUGUGGGGAAUGUUGGCCACCAUGUGUUGAACUUUGUAACAUGUAAAAUAGGCUGAGGGAGGACCUGAAAUCUUGUUUCAGCCAUCACUGACCUGAGGCUAAGGUGUGUCUGUGUGAGAGAGAAAGAAAUGGAACAUCUUGCUUUUGGUCUGUGUUGGGUGAAUGUUUGAUGCAGCUAAUGGAGACAUCGCAAAGGGCCAGCCUGCCAAUCAUGAAAAUGACAGCCAUCAUGCUUAGGGUGUUUGCCUCUUCAGUCAACCACCCUGAGCGGGAAGAGUGUGACUGGGAGGGUGAUUGAUGCACUAGAAACAUGACAGGGGCAAGACUUCCGAACACACAUCGCAUGUUGUAAGCAUGCAGAAUGGCUGAACAAGGCUACACUUGCGUGCCAUUAAUAAAAAGGUGGUGCAGGGGGUGGGGGACCUGGUUGGGAAAUUCCAAAGCAGCUGAGAGAGAUUCCUGCCUGCAACCUUGAAGAAGCCUCUGCCAGUCUGGGUAGACAAUAUUGAGCUAGAUGGACCCAUGGUCUGACUUGGUAUAUGGCAGCUGCCUAGGUUCCUAAGUCUUGUUGUGCCCCACCCAGCUGCUUAGGAUGGGACUUGUACUGCAGACCUACCAGUACACCAUCACAAAACAUGUGAUAUUUUGUGAUGCAAUAUGGGUUCGGAGGUCUUGCCCCUGGCACGUUUCUAGUUCAUGAACCAAUGCCGCAUGAAGAUACACCAAUACAAAUGUUUAGCAGCAGAGUGUCAGGCACUGGGACAGGAGUGACCCUGACUCUAUGAUAUGCCCAAAGAGAGUAUGGCUAAAAUCAAACUCACGACAAGGCCUAGUCCAGUUCAGAUUUGUAUUCCUGAAAUGAUGUCAGCCUUCAGAGCUGGAAAGUCCUAUUGAGAAGGAAGCAAGAAUGGAAAGGAUUCUAGCAUGGGCAUCUUAUUUGGCUAGGGGGCCACUCAGUAGCUGAACCAGUCCUGUAAUACAGGUGAUUUUAGAGGGAAACUGAGACUGUUGACGUCAGGCAGGAAAAAGGUAGGUAGUGCUCCUGUGCAGACUCCAGUGCAAUAUGUUGGGAACAGCCAUUCUAAGAGCAUUCUAAAGAACCAAGGGUUUCUACAAGCCUAUAUUUAGCCUGCUGCUAGCCCACCCCUGCCUAGGAAUGUUGGUUUCAAAGACUGCAGGUGUCAGCUGGAUGUGAAGCAGGUAUUUGGCAGGAACCAAGUCCUACAAGCCAGAUUCAGCAGCAGCAACAAAUAUUUUAUAUGCCCCCACCCUACCCUGUCUCAGCUCACUAGGCACACAAAAGUCAACAUUUGUAACUCCAUCAUACACCAUUUGCCAGUUCUUAUGGCAACAUUUUUUGAAUAAAGCUUUGCAACAUUCAACCCAAUGGAAGGGUACCCAGAAAUUCUGUAUUAUCUCAGAGAUGUCUACUAUCCCGUCAGCUAAUUGGGCAAAGAGGCACCUUUUAAAGUGGUGGCUGUCUUAUAUUUAGCAGGGAAAAGCAACUGACCCUAUACAGACUGGCAUAGCUUCUCUCCAGUGGCAGUUGCUGGUAUCUCUCUUGUGUCUUUUUAGGAUUGCGAGUCCUUUUGGGACAGGGAAUUGUUUUCUCACACCUUUUAAUGAUGUAAAACACUUUGAGACCUUUUGUUUGUUUGUGAAAGAAGUGAUAUAUUAAUAUUUUCAAUAAUAUAAGUAAUAUCCCUUCACGUAACCAGCAUUAAUUUCUGAUUGGAAAGGAGCUAUUGUCUUGUAUUGAUACAGGGUCCACUAGUUCAGGGGCAUAGAACUGCAGUUUUCUUUCCCCGCAGAUUGUCACGAUACCUGAAGCCACAUGAAAGCAUUGCCCCUUCCUAUUCCCAGAGCCCUACUUCUCCAAGGAGUAUUCUAGAAAAGUGCUAAUUUAAAAGAUUCCAGUUUAUUGAAAUGUAUUUGACUAAUUAAUGUGAUGCAAAAAUAUAGCCUACAGACGGA